CGCAGCUCCGUUGUACUUCCGGUGGGCAACCGAUUGAAGAGAAGCUCGCUGAGAUAAGUUUGAGAAUGAUUGAGCGGAAUGGGACCCCUGGCGUGGCGUGUCAAGUCCAGCACCCCUGGCGGCACCGUCACUGCCAUCAGGCUGUCGGGCACCCCUGGCCUUUCCUGAAAGCUAUCGUAGUGCAAUUAACACGUUUAUGAACUGUGCAGAAAAGUCACCACACAGGCACAGCCGAAGAAUUCAGGGGUCCUGCUCGUGAUUGCCUUUUUUACCUGCUUGCGAAGUAAUUUGGCAUGGCUGGCCGCCUCGCAUCGCUGCUUGCUGGCGGCACAGCGAGCGCCGCCCGCAAGACACUGGAUGGCGUUUACGCGCACACCCCGCCGGGUGUCAUAAAGUUUAAUGAUGUGGUAAUUGCGAGCGGCGAGGGCUGCUGGCUCACCACAACAGACGGGCGGAAGCUGCUGGACAUGGCCAGUGGCAUCGGCGCGGUCAGCACGGGUCACUGCCACCCUGCCGUGGUGGCCGCGGUCCAGGCGCAGGCGGCGCGGGUAGUGCACGCGCAGCAGAACGUGGUGGGCGCGCACACCGCCAUGGUGGACCUGUUUGACCGGCUGUCGGGCGUGCUGCCGUCCAGCCUGGACCAGUACUUCCUGGCCAACAGCGGCGCCGAGGCGGUGGACAACGCGGUGAAGAUCGCCAAGGCGGCCACGGGGCGGCCCAAUGUGAUCGCGUUCGAGGGUGGCUUCCACGGACGCACGCUGGGCGCAAUGGCGCUUACAUCCUCAAAAACAAUAUACCGCCAGGGAUUCGGGCCAACCAUGGCAGGAGUGCACAUCGCGCCCUACCCUUACUGCCUCCACUGCAAGGCUCAGGCGGCCAGGGGGCACGCCGGCUACCCCACCGUGACGGGCGAGCGGCGAUGCGCGGAAAUAAGCUGCUGCGGGGGGCCACUGGAUUCUCUGGAGUGGAUGCUGGCCACCCAGUCCGCGCCCUCAGACACCGCCGCCAUCAUUCUGGAGCCCAUCCUGGGCGAGGGCGGCUUCGUGGCGCCGCCGCCCGGCUUCCUGGCCGGCCUCAGGCGGCUGUGCGACAAGCACGGCAUCCUGCUCAUAGCGGACGAGGUGCAAACGGGCGCGGGCCGCACCGGCCUGUGGUGGGGCCACCAGCACUGGCUGCCGGACCCAUCAUCCGCCUCUUCACCCUCCUCUUCAGCACCUGCCAACGGCGGCGGCCCCGACCUCCUGGUGUUCGCCAAGGGCAUCGCCAGCGGCUACCCGCUGGCGGGUGUGGCCACGCGGCGGGAGCUGGUGCCGGCGGAGCGCAUGCCGCCGGGGACAUUGGGCGGCACGUACGGCGGCAACGCGGUGGCCUGCGCGGCGGCGGCCGCCACCAUCGACGUCAUCAACAACGAGCGCCUCACCGACAACGCGCAAGAGAGGGGGCAACAGCUGCGGGAAGGCUUGGUCAAGCUGGCGUCUGAGCUGCCGCCGGGGUUGAUUGCGGACGUGCGCGGUCGCGGCCUCAUGGUGGGCGUGGAGUUUGGCGGCGUCACGGACGGCGGCAGCGCCGCGCCGCGCUUCGCCACACCCAAGAAGGGCGUCGCUUAUGCCGUCACCAAGGCGAGUGCGGCCCGCGACAUGCUGCUGCUGACGGCGGGGGCGCGUGAGUCGGUGCGCUUCCUGCCGCCGCUCACCAUCACGGCGGCUGAGGUGGACAUUGCCCUUGGAGUGUUCGGGGAGGCGGUGCGGGAGGUGGCGGCGAAGCAGUAGGUGUGCGCGGGAUGCGCAUGACUGUGUACCGUAGAGUUGACGUCAGCUGGAAGUGGUUUGAUUGCAGUGACGAAGGCCGUGUGGGGUUGUGACGCCUGAAGUUCAAGUCCAGGGUCGGGGUGGAACAGUGACCAGGACUGGAACAGGGUGGCGUUCUACGGCCAGGAGCUCGCGGUUUGAUGCGACGGGGUUGAGAUUUGACGAAGUCACGAUGGAGCAUGGUGACCUUCGACGCCAAAGACACUGAGCCCUACCACGAAUAUGACAAUCCAUACGCAUCGACUGCGUGUUUGUUGCCAUCUACCUGUG